UCAUCCGCCUUGAGAUCAUCUCUCGUCGAACCGACAGAAUUCGUACUCUAGUAGGCUUCCAUAAGAGCACGCGCUAUAUGUACGCAGUUUGACUCGAUAAAGCAAUGAUGGCUUCCAUGGGACCGCGUACGCGGCCCGGAGCCUCGGGUCCAACGCAGGGUUCCACGUCAGCAUCCUCCUCCUCUCCCUCUAUCCAGCAGUCUACUAAUUCGCAGGACCCGUCACGCGGUAAUAACAACCGCGUUAUAAUGCUAAUAGCCGCAUUACCGUUAGGCCUAGCCGCGUUCGCUUUUAUCCUCCACUUGCAGGGUGAUUUCGAUAUGUUAGACGACGGGCAGCCGCGGCUGCCUGGGUGGCAUCAGGUGGACUCUAGCAAACAGGACAAGAGCGUGAUGACGUCAUCAGAUGCCCCGUGCAACACGGCGAAGAGCUUUAAACCGGGGUUGUAUCCGAACCCGUCGAUUAAGGUGCUGGGGAAUCUGCAGGAUAGUCCGAAGCUACUAAUAACUACGACCACGUCGGGCGGCGCGCAGCAGAUUCUGCCGUGGAUUAUGUACCACCGCGCGAUCGGUGUGCAAUACUUCAUCCUAUUCGUGGAGGGGAAGGCCGCUUCGCCGGAAAACGUGGCGAUAUUUGAAUCCAUGGAGGGCGUGACUGUGGUGCAGCGCACCAAGGAGCUAGAAGACCAGCAGGCCAAGAGCCGCGUGUGGAACGAGACGUGGCUUGCCUUCUUCUUCUACAAACCCUGCAACUACGAGCUAUUCGUGCGCCAGUCACUCAACAUGGAGAUGGCGAUUGUCUUCGCCAGGGUGUUAGGAGUGGAUUGGAUCUUCCACGUGGAUACGGACGAGCUGCUCUACCCGGCUGGCACAGCCGACUUCUCCCUCCAACGCCUCAUCCACGACCUGCCCAGUGAUGUGGACCUCAUCGUGUUCCCUAACUACGAGAGUGUGGUGGAAACACCUGAUGUGGGAGACUCAUUUACUGAGGUUACCCUGUUCAAGAAGAAUUACGACCAUGUAACCAGAGAGGCCUACUUCGCCCAUUACAGAGAUGCGGCACAUGGCAACCCCAACUACUUCCUCACCUACGGCAACGGCAAGUCAGGGGCGAAGAUGCAGCCGCACCUGAGGCCCAAUGGGGCGCACAGGUGGCACAACUACAUGAAAGUGCCCAAGGAGAUCAAGCUGACGGAGGCAGCAGUGCUGCACUUCACCUACACGCACUUCUCAGACCUCACAUCUCGGAGGGACCGCUGCGGGUGCAAGCCCAACUCGGAGGACGUGAAGAAGUGCUUCAUGCUGGACUUCGACCGCCUGGCCUUCAUCAUUGCAUCUACACAGACAGAGGAGCAAAUGUUUCAAUGGUAUAAGGACCAUGUUCUGUGGUCAGACCGAGACAUGAUAGAGAAGCUGUUAAAGAAGGGGAUUUUCGGCCGCAUCCAUACACCCCAGCUUAUCCUUCGCAGCAUAUAUGCCACUGGAAUCAUCAACCGUACUCUUGACGCAGCAAAAGAGAAAUGGAAACGCCGCAGCCAGCAGCAGCAGCAGGUGCUGCAGCCACAGUUGAUACAGCAGAAACUGCAGCAGCAGCAGCAGGAGAGGCGGCAGCGGCAGCAGCAGCAGCAGGAGGAGGCACAGCAGAAUGGCAAGCAACAGCCAGGGAAGGAGCAUGAAUCUGUGGAAGAUACAGAAGAGGAGAGUGGUGCCGUUGCUGCUGCUGCUGGUGGUGCUGGUGCUGGUGCUGCUGCUGGUGCUGGUGCUGCUGCUGGUGGAAAGGGAGGGGGGAGCAGUGGAGCACAGCUGCUGCAACAGGCAGUGGACAAAGCACAGAGGGAGGAGCAGCAGCGACGGCUGGCUCUGGACACAGUCUCUCACUUCGUCUCCGACAGCAUUCGGGGCGGUGCAGCAGGGCAAACUCAGGCCAAAACCGCCACUGCUGCUGCUGAAAAGACAGGGUUGGGAGAAGAUAGGGCCGGUGCAGGCCGGGUUAGGUUCGGUGGAGGUUCGGGUGUGGCCGGUACGGCUGGAGGCAUGGAAGCGGGUGGUCUUGGUGGUGGUAGUGGUGGUGGCGGUGGGGGUGGGGGUGGGGGGGGCAGUCGUUUGUUCAGAGGAGAUGCUCUUGACUCCUCAAGGCUAGCAGAUAGGGGCGCUGCAGACAGGGCUGCUGCACACACAGGUGCUGCUGGUGCUGCUGGUGCUGGUGCUGGUGCUGCUGGUGCUGCUGGUGCUGCUGGUGCUGCUGGCACAGCAAUGCACACAGCCACGCACACAGGGGCCGACAUGGAAAUGCACACCCGGGCGAUUGCAAGGAGGCGCCUGCUGGCAGCGCAAGAGGUGCAAUCAGUUCACGAGGCAUUGACAGGGAGGGGAGCGGUGCAGGGGGUGGUGUGGAACGGGGAGGGCACUGAAGGGGUGCUGGCUGGAGUCCAGAUGGAGGGGGCUGCUGCUGUGCCCCCGUUACCAUCUCCUGUUCCUGACGAACUGUGACUUUUUAGUUGGCUCAAAAUUCACCUCGUUACCAUAUCGGUUCAAAAGUCACCUCGUUACCAUCUCCUGUUCCUGAUGAACUGAAGCUGUUACAUGGUUCCUAUCUACACCACAAUUGCAACUAUCGGUACUCGGAUAUGACUAUGCAUGGUCCGUCCUAUCAUAAUUAGUAGUUGAGUAAAAUAGAAGGAUACAGGGUUUAUAGACUAGGGAUUGUACCCUCGAAGGCACAAUCCAGUAUAGUCUACAGUAACUACAUAAGUUACAUUUGACACACCCCCUAGACUAUAUAGGGGCAAUGCUUAACAAGAGA